ACCUCUGGAGCUCAGUCAAGCACAACCCUUCUCUGGAGAACAAGCAUCUUGCUUCUCAGGACCACAGCCAAGAAAAACAUUGCUCGCCUCACUAUGAACACCAAGAUGGUCGUCACCCUCCUCGCACUUUUUCUGGUCUCCGCUGCUCUGACAGAAGCCACCCCCCUGGCUCGGUUCGGAAGUGAGCUUCGGUGCCAGUGUAUAAGCACUCACGCCACUUUCAUCCCUCCUUCUAAAAUCCAGGAUGUUACGCUGACCCAAAGUGGGCCCCACUGCAGCAAUGUUGAAGUUAUCGCUACUCUUAAGGACGGCCGACAGAUAUGCUUGGACCCCACCAAGAACUGGGUGAAGGUGAUCAUCAAGGCCAUACUCAAGAAUGCUGAAGACAACAUCUAAUCUCAAUAAGAAGGAACGCUUCAAGAAUCUCUUUAUUGAAAGAAACUGAGCCAUUUUCAAGACAGAACACUUCUAUAACCCAAUGUAUAACUGCAUUGCUAGAAAGAUUUUCUAAGGAUAUGUCACAUAUGUGUUGAAAAAUCUAUUUGAGGAAAGUGUGAAGAAAGAUGUGAUGGGAAAUGAAGGAAAUUGCAACAAACGCCUGAAACGAAGGUGCAGCCGUGACAGCAAAGUGAAUUGGCGACGGAUCUGCUCCCUUGGGGCAUGCACGGGCAAACUAGUACAGUUGCAUCCAGAGGGCUAUGAAUCAGAGCCAGCUUCAAUGCUACCUGUUGUGAGUCAGCAGUGGUUAGAAUGCCAGUUUCAGAAAAUCCAGGCUCAAAUCCCUGUUCAGCCAUGAGAGUAACCCAAUUAAUUUUGGCUAAU